CCGCAGCUCCUCCUCCUCCUCCUCCGGACUGAACAUUCCUUAUUCCUCGACCCGACAGCGCAGGAACGCGGCGACGGAACCAGACGAACCCACGGACCCACGAACCUCAUGACAGUUUCCACGGACGCGUAAGGUCGAUGUUGGGUCGUGGCGUGAAGCGGAAGUGGAGUUGCCUGGAGGAGCUGGAGGCCGAGGCCGUCCAGGCUGCGGUGAUGGAGGAGAAGCAGCAGAACGCGGAGGAAGACGGUGAGGACGACGCCGGGUUCCUGGCGUCUCCGUCCAGGUCGGACAUGAGCCACCUGCAGCAGAGGCAGCUGGUCCUGGGCCUGUGCCUGGAGAAGCUGCAGCGCUACCAGGCCGGCGUGGAGCUCAGCCUGCGCCGCUCCGUGUUACUCAUCAACACGCUCCGGCAGAUCCAGGAUGACAUACAGAGCGACGGCGAGGAAAGCCCGGAUGUGCUCCUGGGCGGAGACUCCUGCCUUCUCAGGGACAGCAUCAGGGAGGACGUGGCCAUAACGUGCCCCGGGUGUGCAGAGGACGGCGUAGAGAGCCCGCCUCUGCUCCCAGAAUUCCCUACUCAGGAGGUGAACGGUUUGUCCGAGCAGCAGAAACCGCUUCCCGCCGCCACGAUCAGUGCUUUUAGUGAUGCAGUCAACGCCAUGGGCUACCUCAGCGACCUCGCCCUGGACGACAUCUUUGAGGACAUCGAUACGUCCAUGUAUGAGACGUCGGAGCUGCCCGCCGCCUGGGCGUCGGGGUCUCUGUGGCCCGCGUGGGCGGACGAGGACGUUAAAGUGCGCUCUGCGGGACACGCCUCCGCCGGGAGUCUCCAGUCGUGUCUGAUGGACCUGAACGAGCUGGACCACAUCAUGGAGAUCCUGGUCAAGUCCUGAUCAGAUGGACGGACCGAGACGAGGGUGGACAUGGGGGUGUGGACCGGUUUAAAGGCUGAGCAGUCUGGAUUUUUAAGGCUCCAUCUGACAUUUUGGAUGAAAUGUGUUUUAUAACGCCUCAACCAAUUAGUUUUUUUAUUAUAUUUUUUCCAGGGCUGAUACAGAUUGUUAAAAAUCAAUUAAACUGAUAAUUGAUAUUUAAAUUUGGAGCUGGGCUAUAUGGUCAAAAGUGGACCCCCCCAUUCUUAUGGAUUAUUUUUUUCUAUCUACAUUAACUCAGGAUAAAACAGGACUCAAAACAGUUUUCUCUGUCCAUAAGCGUCAAUAUGUAGAAUUUGACUAAGAUUAAAGAUAGUUAAUGAUCAUUUGCAUUAAAAUAAACCACUACUGUUAUACAGUGAAGAACCACAUUCACACUGAAUAUAAAACAACAAACAAACAUGUUCCAUUUUGACUUUUGUUGUUGUUUUGAGUCAGAAAACUCCUUAAUUUAGACACUUUUCACAUCAUAAAAAACCUCUUAUCUAAUCAUGUUAAUUCAAUGUACAUCGCCCAGCUCCGUUAUUGGUUCCAAAUCCAAAAAAAUAAAAAUAUUAGUGUAAAAAUGUAGAAAAACUACAACCAAAGCAUUUUCUUUAACUUAAAACAAGCAGCUGCUGCAUUUCUUAUAAAGUUAACUAAAAAUCAACAUAGAAAAGCUCCUAAUUUUUAAAACGUUUUAUAAACUAAGAGUAAAUG